AUGGCGGACGCGCCCCUCCCGACCCCGCACCGCGCCCGCACCGCGCUGCUGGCCAACCUGGCUGCGGUGCUGGAGCGGUGCGAUGAGCAGAUGGUGCCGGCGGUGUACCGCUCCCUGGGGGCCGCGUUCUCCGCCACCCCUCACCCAGCUGGGCUACAUCACGCUGAGCAGGGCGCUGGUGCAGGCCUCUCUGCUCUCCCCAUCGGCGGCAUCGCGGGCUCUCCCUCCGCUCCCGCCUGGCGCCAGCAGCGCGGCGGGUGGCUGCGGACGCCACUGCGGUCGGCCCAGGGGCUGCUGGCGGCUGCGCGGCCGGUGGCCCGGGAGGUGGCCUCGGUACUGCGCAUCCCCACCUUCCGAAUCAUCGUACUGCAGGGCAUCAUGGGAUCCAUCCCCUGGUCCGCACUCGUCUUCCUCACCCUCUACCUCCAGCUCCUGGGCAUGAGCGACGCGCAGGCAUCCGCGCUGGUGGCGCUGUUCCUGGCGGGCACCGCGUUUGGCGGGCUGAUCGGCGGCUGCGUGGGCGAUGCCGCCGCCAAGGCCUACCCCCAGCACGGCAGGAUUGCGGUGACGCAGUUCAGCGUCGGCAUCGGCGUCCCCUUUGCCUUCCUGAUUUUCAAGCCUGCAGCCGAGGAAGCCGGCGGCGGCGGCGAGGAGGGGGAGAGCUUGCUGGGACGCGGCGCCGGCGCCGGCGGUGGCGGGUGA